ACUUCUAGUUUUACAUGUAAAUAUGCAUUAUAAUUUGGUUGGAAUAAUUACAAUUUAUUACAUUAGAAACAGCUGGCUUUACAAAUAUCAUUCGAGGAAAUUCGAUUUUGGAAAUUUGCACAGAUGAGCAAUGGUAUUCAGCGCAAUGGUUCUAGAAGUCCAAACAAAGCCGAUGAAAGUCUGUUACCUCCUAAAGUUACUUCUAAUCAUUCGUACAUCGGGCAAUCUGAAACGCGAGUGUACAAGAGACGUUGGUAUAUCUUAAUUAUGUACUGCAUCAUUGGAAUCAUGCAGAAUGCGAUGUGGAACACUUUUGGUCCAAUUGAGACGACAGCUCGGGCGGUUUAUAAAUGGGAUGGAUGGGUUAUCGAUCUUAUUGCUGCCUGGGGAAGCGUCACGUUUUGUAUCACUAUGUUGCCUUUUGCUUGGGUUGUGGACGUUAAAGGUUUACGUGUUGGUUUACUGUUAUCUGCAGGAUUCACGUUGGUGGGCUCAGUUCUACGAUUUAUUCCAACUGGCAGCACGACAAGCUCGACUGCUUUGAUUCAUUGCGGUCAGAUAAUCAUUGGUUUAGCAAGUGGUAUAGCUGCUGCUCCUCUUCUUUCUUCAACUUGGUUCCCUCCCUCUCAACGCACUACUGCCACUGCCAUUUCAAGUGUCGCGUCUUAUGUGGGUACAUCUUUGUCGUUUCUUGUCGGACCCAGCUUUGUCGACGAUGUCAAAGAUUCGAAUGCUGUUAAAGUUGGUGAUAACUACAGAUUAAACGAAACUGAAGAAGCAAAAUACCAAAAGCAAAUCAAUAGUUUGUUAUACACCCAAUCUGGAUUGCAAGCAGUCUUUUUCUUUUUUGUCUUUGUAUAUUAUCCAUCCAAACCUCCCAGUCCACCCAGUCAUUCAGCGGCCACGGUUCGUGUUGAUUUUAAAGAUGGUGCCAGACGUCUGAUUACAAACUUUAAUUUUCUUCUUCUUGCAACGAUUUACGGAGCGACAACGGGUGUCUAUGGUGGCUGGUGUGCUGUCUUGUAUCAGAAUCUUUCCGGGUAUGGCAUUGAUGUGAAUGAGCAUUUUGCCGAGUGGCUUGGCUUUGUUGCUGUUAUGAGCGGUGCCGUUUCCGGCGUCUCGUUUUCCGUGGAACAGAGGAACAGAUGUAUGUGAUCAAAACAGUGCUAAUCGCUAAGUCAUACGUUGGCACAUUAGAAGAAGAAAGGCGUCGUCAACGUAGUAUGUAUAUAGAAGUGGUUUGAAAGAUUGAGGGCAGUUUUUAACCAUUUCUGUGCAUGAAUUGAUAUAAAGAUCGUAGCAAAAAGUAGUCCGAAGGGUUACUCACCCGUUAACUUGUUGGUAGAUUUGAUCUUUUUCCUGCACAGGCUCGCACUUGUUUCCAAAUACGCACUCAACUUAAACACCUCUACAAUGCUGCCGGCAUUCCCUUAUAUAAGUCUUGCAAUUGUUUUCUGUCAUUCUACAAGCAUUCUUGUUUUUUUUUCAUUGAAGGACAAUAUUCCCAAAUUCUUGAGAUUUGUUAUUUUUUAUCAUGUCAAGUUCAUGUUACCGGUGAACUGCAUCGUGUAUAGUUCGAAUUCAAACCACACAAAUCAUCUCAUACCUGGAAAACAGUCAUUAUACCCUACCACCAUCCAGCAUCUUAUCCAUAAUGAAACAUCUAGUCACACGUAACAAAAUAACCUAAGCUUCCAUUAAUGAUUUUGUUAUCCUAUCUUCAUCAUACUGCUCCCCUGACUUAAUGAUUAAUGAAAGCUCACUUUCACAAUGCAGCCUUUUGCAAUUGACUGUGCGGCGUGCAUAAUUAAACGUUUGUUAUAGU